GUUUAUGUAUACUCUUGAUUCACUUUUGUUGUACAUUCGUUCAGAUCGUUUUGAUGCGGUUUUGUGUGUUAGUCUGUAAGAAAAUCUUUGUUUGAAAAAUGUUUGCUGCAUUCUUUGCUUUUGUGCUCGUGACAGUAUAUGCUGCAGAGGAAAUACCCUCCUACAUUCACGUGUGUGGCCGCAAUGAUCCCAAUUAUAAUCAAUGCGUCGUGGACAACAUCAAUAAUAUAAAAAAUAAAAUUUGUACGGGAAUGCCGGAACUUAACGUUGUUCCAAUGGAGCCAAUAAAUAUUGACGAAAUAGUUAUUUAUAACACAGACAAUCUUAAAUUAAGUAUCAAAGAAUCGAAAACAAGUGGAUUUUGUGAUUUCGUCAUAAACUCUUCAAAAAUAUUCCCUGAUAAGUUUCAUUUCGACAUCGAUUUUGUAUUCAAACAUCUUGAUAUGGACGCUAGAUACGAUGUCGACAUGCGUAUAUUGGUACCACUUACUAAUAAGGGAUUGAUUCACAUUUCUACAGAUAACUUAGAAGCGAAAAUGAUUUUGGACUGUAAACAGGAAAUCAAGAACGGUAAAACGGAAAUAUACGCAUCAAAAGUAAAAACUAUUUUCAAUAUUAAAACGUUCAAAUAUAAGUUUGAUGACAGCGAGAAGGAUUUGGUUCAACUACAUGAAGCUCUUACUAAUAUUGUAACCGAAAACGAAAAAGAUAUUAUCAGUAAAGUUAAGCCGGUAAUAGAGGAGGCGAUCUCCAAAUUGAUCAUUACAGUUUUUAACAAAGUAGUCCGUAACAGAUUUGAGCAACUGUUUCCCAACGAAGCAUAAUACGAGAUUUAUUGUCACAAAGAAAGAGUCACUAUAUGCAUCUAUAAUACGUCCGAUUCA